UAAUGUUCAGUUACUCGGAUAUGGAGGAUCAGCAAAGAUACUCACAUUAUGCAAUCUGUGCAUCGUGCAGAAGAACAGAAAACAGGAAAAGAACGAUCUCAUCGUCGAGUCGAAUCGUGCUGUUCACAAUAGCCCUGUCAGUGUACGUCCAAGCGGCGUCGACACUCGAGACCCUUUGCGGUGGAGAACUGGUAGAUGCGCUCCAAUUCGUGUGCGGAGACAGAGGCUUUUAUUUCAGCAGGCCCAACAGAUCAAACAGUCGUCGGGCUCAGAGAGGGAUCGUGGAAGAGUGCUGUUUUAGGGGCUGUGACCUGAACCUGAUGGAACAGUAUUGUGCAAAACCUGUUAAAUCAGAGCGAGACGUCUCAGCCACCUCACUACAGGUCAUCCCCAUGUUACACACCCUCCAGAAGGAUCUCUCCAGAAGGCCCUCAACUGUGAAACAUUCCCGAUAUGUAGUAUGCCAGAGAAAGGCAGCCCAAAGGCUACGGAGAGGAGUCCCCGCCUUUCUCCGCACCAGGAAGUUCAGGAGACAAGCAGAGAAAAUUCUGUCUCAGGAACAGGGCGAUUCCCACAGACCUCUGAUCCCUCUGCCCAACAGACGCCCACCCUUUCUCUCGCACUCGACAACCCAAACCCACCGCAAGUGAAGCCAAGACGACCCCAACAAUUCCACUCACAGGAAUUACAGACUGGCCCUCUAUCCACAGAGCAGCUUGUUAGAGUUUUCUCAGUGCUAUCUGCCAUCUCUGUCAAUACCCACAUGAACCCCUCUACCAUAUCUCCUCAGACAAAACUCAGCCGUCAAUAAAAGACAAUGAAUCCCGAAUGCAACAGAGAUGGAGCAUGUGAGAGGGAAAAUGGAGGUUUACCCUGUGACUCUGGAAGGAUUGAGUGGACACCAAAUACUGAUUCUGACCAAGUUACAAGACCUCGAAAUACAGCAGAUAUAAGAGCCUUCAUUCCACGCCACUACCACUGAGUUAAUAAGAAUUGUUUACCCAUUUGCACCUGUCAUUGGGAAGAUGAAAUGGGCGGAUGCUGUUCAAAUGAUAUUCCACCGCGUUCAUGGCAAACAAAAAUACAAAAAAAAACAAAAAAACAGAGAAAAGUGUUGACAGGCAGCACGGACUCUUUAUUGGCACUAUUUUUAUGAACUAGUCAACAUGAUAUCAUUAUGGUGCUACCUUUGGGAAUGGACUCGAAGAAGAGGAAGUUUUGAAAAGCAGUUCGUGUUUUUCAUUGUAAUAAACUUUCCGUUUUAGGAAAAGCAUUGACUUCAUUUGAUUGAAAGAUGAAAAAAGGAAGAAAAAUCAGCUUGAUUGUAAUUUUGCAAAAUCCAAUGUGGCGGUAUGCGUGUAUAACUGCGCUGUGGUCCAGAGAGAAAUGAAAGUUCGCAGUAUCAGAUAAGGAGAGCUUUGAGGGGGAACAACCAGGAUUAACAAACCUGAGGGCAUUGAGGGCAUUUUGCACCCAACUCAAGUUUGAACUUUGAGCUGAAGUACUGUUGCCUUUUUUUCCACAAUGUCAAAAAUUGUUGUUCCUUUACAUUCCUGUUUCAAACCUGAAUCUCUCCACAAUACUGUACCUGUACUUUUCUUUACUGUUAUUAAAGCAGUAUGUUACAUAUAUAAGAAUACAUCAAUCAUUACUUUAGGAUAAACAGCAAUAGUCUCUUCAUGCAUAACUUGGUUUGUACAUCAGUAAUAUUCCUGUGCUUUUGCUUGAAAAGAAAUGUACUUGAAUAUGUAUGAUUUAUUUCCAUCCUGUCAUGCAAUGGAGUGUUAGUUGUUGUCUUGCAGAAUGAGCCGCCAGUCUCUUUUGUUAUUCAGACACAAAUAAUGGCAUUGUAUAAAAGCACUAUUUAUUUUGAUAUAAAACACACACAAAUUAGCCACACUGAUUCAAGUCUCACAGAUGUAAAGACUGACAACGUUUUUCGUACAUUUUUUUUUUUUAAAAAACUUGUACUGCUCAUGUAGAUGCUUUCUACCAAAAAAAAAAAAAAGAAGAAACAAAAACAACUUUUCCUUCACUUUUUGAUAGUUGCAAAUGAGUAAAACCAAAUGGACAUUUGAAACACUG